AAACAUCAAAGAAACUGAGCAGGGGUUGGACUUAGAUCAACCUUUGAAGUCUGAAACAAGUCGUGACGCGUCUGUAUAUACACACGACACACCCCGCAGCGCCCACCUUUUUUUGCUUCUCUCUUAUCUUCAUUUCAAACUUUUACAUCUUUUUCUCUCUCUCUCUCUAUAUAUAUAGCCUUCACUGGGGAGGGGAGCCCUCCAAUAAAAUCCUUUUCUUCAUUUAUUUGCGCUUGUCGUUUCUUCUAUCUCAUAUAAAUACACUAAUUAAGUGGAAUCCAUAUUAAUCAUACAUGAUGUUAUGUAUGGCUGCUCGCACUGGGAGGAAUUUGCAGAGGUACAACAAUCAACAUCAUCGACUCGUCGUUGGAUGCAUUCCGUAUCGAUACAAGUGUGAGAAGAUGAAUGGUAGUUCAGAAGAUGAGUUGGAAGUUCUUGUAAUCAGUUCUAAGAAGACUGAAGCAAUGAUGUUUCCAAAGGGAGGUUGGGAGAGUGACGAGUCCGUUGAAGAAGCUGCUUGUCGCGAGUCACUGGAAGAAGCCGGAGUUGUCGGAAAAGUGGAGUGUGAAUUGGGAAGGUGGGUAUUCAAGAGCAAGAGCCGUGAACUGUACCACCAAGGUUUCAUGUUUCCGUUGCUUGUCACACAACAGCUCGAUCUCUGGCCUGAACAUACUGCACGCACCAGGGAAUGGAUGAGUGUCAGUGAAGCAAGAAAGGCUUGCCAGCAAUGGUGGAUGAGAGAAGCAUUAGACAUAUUGGUGAAUAGACUCAAAUCACCAAGCCUUGAACAGAAAAACCAAGAUUAGAGAGACCGUUUAAUUUAGAAAUAAAGUAAAUUAUAUUCAACAUUUUAAUGGUUUUUUUUUUAAUUUUUUUUUUUAAUGUUUCUUAAUCCUUUGUACAUAAUUUAGCCUGCAAUCCCAGUAGUCCAUGCUGCAUAUCCCCAAAAUUAGGGAUAAGCAAGGGGCUCAAAUUCAUGUACUUUCUUUCAUAGAUUUGUAAUUAGUUGACAUUUGCUA